CAUACUCAGUUGCCUCUUGGUCAGGGGAGAGAGUAGCGGGCCCCGACGUUCCACACACUCCUCCACGGGGCGUGACUUGUGGAUACACACAGCCCAAGUCGGGGGUAAACAGCGUGAUCGAACAAACACAAACUUUUUUUAUAGUCUACCUGUAUCCAACGGCAUGAGUCGGUGUUCGUAAACUUGCUAAUAUCCGAACAGUAAACAAACUUUGUGUGUGUGUUCAUUUGGGUCUUGACCGCGAACUGUCACUUCAAGACGAGCGACAGUUCGGCUGACAGCGACUUGACAAGAAAAGGCAAAACAAAUUGUCUUGAAUCACCUGUGUUUCGGAGCAAACACAAACACAAAACGCCUGAAGGAAAGCCGUUAUUAACACCACAACGGUAAACAGGAGCGCGAGGAUGGCUCUCUGGACCUGUCAUCAGCUGCUGCUGCUGCUGCUAGUGACAGCUGUGGGCGUGGCCAGGGCCGGCAGCGAUCACAACGCCAUCGGCGAAGAGGGGAAGGCUUCCCCUCUCACCCUACAGGAGGACAAGGAGCACCUCGAGGCCGCAGAGGUGGACACGAACCUCACGGUUCCCAUCUGCUGCGGGCCUGACCAGAUCUUCAACCUCACCGCUAUGGGCUGUGAGGUCGCCAUCGACAAGCCUCACAUUUCCUUCCAUUAUGAGGAUGGACGGCCCGUCGAGUACCAGUUUGCCUACAACGUGCGAAUUGGCUUCCCUAACUGCACAUCCUACAGCCUACAGCCGCAGGUUGAGCCCGAGGACUCCUUCCACCUUCUGCCGGAUGGACAGCUGCUGGUUCCUUCGAGCGACAACCGCAGACUACCCGGCGAUCAGUUUUGUCUGCUGGCGACUGACGACCAGAUGGAGGCCAUUGUCUGCUUCCCGGAAAUGGUGAGAACGAAGGAGUCGAGCUUCGACCGGGUGGUGUACCAGACCCUCUAUCCUGUGGGACUGAUCAUCUCGGCGAUAUUCCUGAUUGUGACGCUCUUCGUGUACUGCAUGGUGGUGGAGCUCCGGGACCUGCUGGGGCGCUGCCUCAUGUGCAGCAUCCUUGCUCUCUGCAUCGCCCAGGUCUCCACCGUCAUCGUCCAGAUGGCCACCCUCGUCCUCCCCACCACCGCCUGCGUCUUCAUGGCUGUGAUGAUGCAUUUCUGGUACCUGGCCGCCUUCCUCUGGCUCAACGUCAUCUGCUUCAACGUCUUCCUCACUAUAUGGUGGAAGAGCGAGACCUACGGUAAGAUCAGCAAAUGGUUCCCAAUCUUCUCAGCCUACGGGUGGGGCGUGGCCCUGCUCAUCACCUCCCUCGCCGUGGCCAGGGACUUCUCUGAGGGCCUUGACCAGUCCGGUCUUCCCAAGCCCAACUUCGGCCAAGCCAGGUGCUGGUUCUCAGGUGAUGAUGCCCUGAUCAUCUUCUUCUAUGGGCCCACGUCUGUUGUUCUGGGCAUUAAUGUAUUGCUCUUCUGUGCCUCUGCCUACAAGCUCUGCUCACUCAACAAAAGUUCUGAUGCCAGGCUUUUUCAGUUCAGUUUGUACCUAAAGCUGUUUGUGCUGAUGGGAGUGACCUGGAUAUUUGAAGUCAUUUCAUACUUUGUUCAGCGGAAAACCAAAGACCCCAAGACUAACUAUGUUUGGUUGGUAUUCGACAUGAUCAACAUCAUGCAGGGCCUCAUAAUCUUUUUGGUGUUUGUGUGUCGUCGCGCUGUGCUGAUAAGGGUGAGCGAAGUCUUUUGUGGGGUAAGCUAUACGAAGAAGAAAUUUCCCUCCUAUUAUCAAAAUACAGAUGCUGACCUACCCAGUAACGAGAUUAAACACUCGGUUAUUUGAAGGAUCAGCCAGAGCUGUUGUAUAGUUCGCCUUGAGAUCAAGGAGGCAACAUCUGCGUCACCACACCAGAGGUGAUAAUACUUGAUAGAUGAUGUUGCUAGUUCUGCCAAGUGCCUCAGAUGAGAAAGUCUGAGGUACUGUGAAGAUGUUGGUGCAUUUAAUUCAUGAUAUGCAUGCAUAUCCGGAUAAAUGUUGCAUCAUCAAACUCAAACUCUGGUAAAAGUUGUACCAUAAAAUGCAUAUCCAUACUGGUAAAUGUUGCACUAUAAGAUGCAGAAAACAUUACCAAUUUGUAUGCUGAUGUUUUCUAUUACCCAAAGAAAAAAUCAAAAUCAAUGUUUCCAGCAGGGGAAAAAUAUUACCUGUCUCAUGGAAAUGGCACUGUGUGCUAUUAUACUAUAUUGUAUUCAGAUAUGAAGUCACUGCUGUCUUAAGAGUUGCUGUUAUGGAUAUACACAAAGGCUUUCAUAAUUCCAUACUAUUAUGCAGUAAAUUUUCCUUCAUAUUAAUAAUAAAUUGUUACAUGAUAAGUAUUUUUAGACAUUUUUUUAACUGGAAUUAGAACCCUAGCAUUAUACACUGAACAGUGUUAAUAAAGUAGGCAAGAGAUAUUGCUGAAGAUAUGCUUGCUUUAUUUGCAUAUUUAUAAUAAAUGCAGUACUGUAGCACAAUUUUUGUACAACAAAUGAACGAGAAACUCUCCACUCUGUAAGUAACAAUCUGCUUUAUGGAUUAUACAUGUAAUCCAAAGUAAUUAAUUGAAACAUGUGCAUGUAACUAAAACAUGUCUUCUUUCAAGAAUUAAGUGCCAAUGUUUAAAUUUAAGUUAAUUUUCCAUCUCUCUCUCUUCUACAGUGUAACUUCAAAUAGAGUUCACUACUAUAUUUAUUUAUUUAUCUAUAACUAUCUAACUAACCUGGCUAUAGUUCUUCAUUGCAAGAUAUUUUAAGCUUUAACAGUUGUCAUGGAUCAAAAUUAUUAUUGUAACAUAGCAACUUGAACUUGUAUAAUAAACAUCACUUUUUUUAAGGAUAAAUUUUCAACAUUACUGAACUCUUAAAUAGACUACAGUAUACUGUACCUGUUUUUUAAGUGAGAAGACAUUUAAUAGAUAAUCCAACUAUAGAAAGUACUGUAUAUAAUUAAUUUUUAUUCAUGGAGUGCAGUCAGCUAGAGGCUUCUUAUUUUUUACUUUCCAUAUUGUUGAAGAUCAACUUUCCAAUUGAAGUUUGUAAUAUACAGACAAAACAAAAUUCUGUUGUACAUACUAUUUAUAAUAAAUUUUUUAUAAGUAUUAUUACUACCUAAUUAAAAACCAAAAUAACCAUAAAUUUGUUGGGCAAAAGUGUAUAACAAAGAAAAUUACAAAAAAUUAUGAGUACUGGGUAAAUGAAUACAUUCAGUAGAAAGGUAUGUUCUUAAGAGCAAAACUGGUGCAUUAUAGAACCAAUUAAAAGCAAAGUUUCAUGGAAGAUAUCAUGAAUGAUGGGCAUGGUGUACUAAUGUAAUGUGUUGGAUGCAAGGCAUUAGUCAUGGGUAUGAUCUCUAAGGGUGAGUUGCAAAGACUUAAUUAUACUACUAUCUUAUAAUGAAGGCAGAGUUGUUCUGCUAUGUUUGGAAAAACAUUAUUCCACAACAUAGUAACACUAAUGUAGACCUAUGUGCAUCCCUGUCCUUUUAUAUUGUUAAUAGCCUAUUUCAUUCCUGAAGCUUAACUAUAAACUGGGAUAAUAAUGAUACAGUAUUUCAAGUUAUGUCUAUGUGAAGAAUGUAUUUUUAAUUAACCCGCAGCAAAUUAGAGAACCUUGGUUCCAUUUCAGAGCACUCUGAUAUGGCUGUUGCUCUCACCUGAUCUUAAGAAACUUGUAACAAAAGGGAAAUAUUCAGAAUGCUUGAAUAUUCUUGUGACAAGACUUGGGACACAUGAUCAGUGAUCGUGUCUCAAGGAUUACUCAGAAGAUUUUUGUGUACAAGGUUAUUAUAUAGAGUAGUAAUUCAUGUACAAGGUCAUUAUUAUAUUGCAGUAAUGCAUGAAGGUUCACUUAAAUAUAUAACCUUCACUUUAUUAUUUAUAUUUAUUUAAAUUUUUUAAUAGUGUUAAUAUGAAUGUUUUUGUUUAUUAAAUAUCAUUUAUGGAAAUCCAUAGUCAUUUGCAUUCAACCAAUUUCUCAUUUUGUUUUGCAGUACAGUACAGUAAUUCAAACAUUUUAUUGCCAAGGCAUUUUAAAUGCUUUUAAAGUGAUGAUUCUUUUGAAGUAGCAUUUGAAAAGUUGUCAAAGAACAACAUACAGUUUAACUACUAUAAAAGUGCAGCAGUCACUUUUGAGAAAAGUGAGCAUAUUCACUUUUCUAUAAAAAAAAGUAUCGAGAAAAAAUUCAGAUUUAAUUAUUAAAUAAUUAUGAGGAGGUAGAGAUAAUUAAGGAAACCAAGAGGCACUAGUGAAUAUUCAGCCAAAUGCAAACACAAAUAUAAUGUUGCAGAAAAGUUUUUUUUUGUUUUUUAUUACUUUCUUUCUGUUCCGUGAACAAUCAGGGAUAAACUGCCUGAAAAACUACGUAAAUACCCCUUCUCUAUUAGGGUCUGUGAGGCACACAAGUUUUCUCUUAAAUAUUUUAACUAGAGCCUCUAAUUUCCAGUUUUUGUGAGAGUUGCAGGAAUGUAACCUUGCUGAUGAUGUAAAAGUUUACUGUAUAUUUCUCAAUUACACAUACUGUUCUGUAUAGUAUCAUAAAAGGUAAUUCUGAUGUGUAAGUGAAAAUAAUUGAGUCCUUUCUUUUAAAAUCAUGUUCACUUAAUAAAGUUCACUAAAUAAAAUGUGUGCCUGUACAAAUUUUGUAUAUAGAUAUAGAUAUACAGUAUUUUUUUUUUAAACUUAGAAGGCGUACCACCUCUGGUGCAAGUGUAGGGACCCAGAGCCUCAGAGAAGAAAAUAAAGAGUACUCAGAGAUAUAUAAGUGAUUAAAUAAAUACUUCUUAGUGAGUUUAUCUUUCUUGUAUUAUCUUUACAGUGUACCUGCAUAUUACAAAUAAAAAUCAUUUGGCUAAAACAUGUAUAUGAAGUAUUAAACCUUUGAGUUUGGUCACUGAGAAAAAAUUAUGCUUCAAUGAUCAAACACAAAUUUAUUAUACAGUAACUUCAAAUGUUAAGGCAUAAUAUAAUUUUUAUGUUAAUAAUAGUAAAGAUUUUAUGCACUGAUAAUGUACAUAUCAUUGCGUAGUACAAUACACAGCUAAUAAUUGUACAAUUUAUUGUGAAAGUUGGAUGACGAUACGAGAGAUGACUUAAUUUAGUGGGUGUUAUCUGUGUGUAUAUUGUCAGUGUUGAGUGAAGUGUCACAUUAUCUGAGGGUGAAGAUGACCUUCAAUAAUCUCUUACCAGAUGAUCUGAGCAUGAUUCCUCUUGUCUUGAGAAGUCAGAUUGCAAUUCCUGCGCCUUGAUGUUCCCAUAUAUUGUAUGCACCAUGUAUUAGAAAAAAAGAAAGUUAGUUCAUCAAAGCACAGAAAAUUAGUAUGCACUGUAUUUUAAUUUCAAAAAUUGUCUUGAAACCUUAAUGUAAAAAAAAAAAAUCAUUGUGAUGCUGACAUAAAUCUUUAGAAAUGAGUCGUGUCUGUCGGGUCCCAUUGCUCCUAAGCAUGUUUUAUAUGAGAUCAUUUUUGUGCUGCGGUUUGUUAUAAGUUGCAUAUAAAUUACACAUUUUUAUA